CAAGGGAGUUAUUGAAAUCCUGGUAAAUCUUUUGUAUGAUGGCUUGUUCCUUAGGUCCUUUACAAGGGAGUUAUUGAAAUCCUGGUAAAUCUUUUGUAUGAUGGCUUGUUCCUUAGGUCCUUUACAAGGGAGUUAUUGAAAUCCUGGUAAAUCUUUUGUAUAGCUAUAAUGGCUUCUACUGAUGAUACCGAGAUCUGUAAGAACCAGGAUGGAGGUUUGGAAAUAAAGAUGGAGGAAGAGUGUAAGUAUACCACCAGACAGGAUUGGAGCCUGCAAAAGAACACUUAUAACAGAGAAGUCUUCCGAAAGUUCUUCAGACAGUUUAGCUACCAGGAAACAUCUGGACCCCGCGAGGCUUUGGACCGACUCCGGGAACUUUGCCGUCAGUGGCUGAGACCUGAUACUCACACCAAGGAGCAGAUCCUGGAGCUGCUGGUGCUGGAGCAGUUCCUGACCAUCCUGCCGGAGGAGCUGCAGGCCUGGGUGCAGGAGCAGAACCCCGAGAGUGCGGAGGAGGUGGUGACUGUGCUGGAGGAUUUAGAGAGAGAGCUUGAUGAACUAGGAUACCGGGCCUCAGUGCAAACUGAAGAACAGAAAGUGUUUUUGCAGGAGACGAAGACUUUAGGAGCAGAGCCAGAACCCAGUGCAUCCCAUCAGCUUGUGAAAGCCAGGCUGAAGUGUGAACCUGCAGAAUGGGAAGCCCCAGAGGAGCAAGGUGUUGAGACUGGAAACGAGUCCAGGAAUAUAACUCUAAAGCAAGACCUUUGUGAAGGAACGGAAGCCGAACAGAAUACCUCCAGCAGAUUAACAAAGGAUGCACUGCAGUGUCAGGAAACCCGUGACCCUGGAGAGGAACCUUCUAGCGCUUCUAGUGAGGACAACCGGCCUCCGCCUAGUGAAAAUGGGACAGACUUGCCUGAGAACUCAGACCAUGUUAAAGACCAGAACGUCUCUCCGGGACGGAAAUUGUAUGGAUGUGAGGACUGUGGGAAAACGUAUAGUCAGCACUCACGCCUCCUCGAACACAAAAGCGUCCACACUGGAGACAAGCCCUACAGGUGUGAAGUAUGCGGGAAAACCUUCCGGUGGAAGACUGUGCUUAUUCGACACAAGGUGGUGCACACCGGAGAGAAACCGUACAAGUGUAAUGAAUGUGGCCGGGCCUUUGGCCAGUGGUCAGUCCUUAACCAACAUCAGAGGCUUCACUCGGGAGAAAAGCACUACCACUGCAGUGAGUGUGGCAAGGCCUUUUGCCAGAAAGCAGGCCUCUUUCACCAUCUCAAGAGCCACAAAAGGAACAAACCUUACCAGUGUCUAAAGUGUAGCAAAAGUUUCAAUCGCCGGUCCACACUCACUCAGCACCAAGGAGUUCACACUGGCGCAAAACCCUAUGAGUGCAACGAAUGUGGCCGAGCUUUUGUGUAUAACUCCUCUCUUGUUAGCCAUCAGGAAACGCACCACAAGGAGAAAGCCCUCGCCCAAAGGGGUCCUUCUCGGCGGCAGAGAAGCCGCACCAGGGAGAAGCCCUACACACGCGAUGUCUGUGGGAAAGGCUUUGCUCAGAAAUCAAGUCUUACAGAACGUGAGCAAAUUCAUGCUGGAGAGAGACCCUAUUAAUGUGCGGAGCGUGGGAAGGCCUUUAUUUGAAGGGCAGUCCUCACAAAACGUGGGAAUCCACCAUGGGAGGCUCCACAAGUGUGCUGAGUGUGAGACUGCCUUCCCGGGAAGCACCGACUUCAUUCUACAUCAGAAAUCCACAGUGGGAGAGGCCCCACAAGUGCGCUGAGUGUCGCCAGACCUUAGUAAGCCCAGAGAAUUCAUGGUAGAAGUGGCCCCUCUGAGGGUAACAGCUCCUGCUCAUCAGAUGCUCACAAAGGAGCAGGAACUCUUUCUGUGCGGUGACUGCAGGGCAGCCAUCUCCCAGCGUGCAGGACGAUGAGAAAGACUGUAUUUGUAGUGCUUUGUGGCCGCACUUCAGCCCUUGGUACUGUAAGGAGACCAUAAAUAGUUGAUGGCAUCCACUCUGUACUGCUCAUUGUAUGGGGCCAUGAAGGAAAGAAGUCUUAUCACCAGAUUUCUUAGAGCCCAGCCUGGGAUGUGAAAAUCUGCCAUAGUUAGUUAAGAAGGACAGUGGGUUGAUGCUCAGUGUGUUUUAGAAUUAAAAUAGGAGAAAUAAGUAUCGUAAAUUCUGAAGAACAGAUUAUUUGUACACUAGGUCAGGGAAGAGUUCCUGAAAGAUUUUGUUGAAAGUAAGGGUAUGAUGGAUUGACUUGGAAGACAGAAGGAAGAAACACGUGUGGGUAAAACAGAGGUGAGCAGAAGCAAGAAUUUGGGUGGUUCGGAAGCAUCGGUGAUGAGACUAGCCAUCCUAUUGGAGAGCUGAUUUUAAGAGCUUAACCGAUGGGUAUUAGUUGGAAGUAGCUUGGGGACAGAGUAGGAGAGUUCCAGUGCUAGGAAUGCUAGCCAACACUUGGCAGUGCUUUGACACAGAACACUCUUCUCUUCAUCUCUGAAAUAGCUCUAAGUACAAGUUCACUUUAGGAAUGAUGCUUGUCUUGUCUAUCUCAGCACUGUGAUGCUGAGACAGGAGGAU